AAUGAGUUUAUUGGAGAAAUUUCUUGAAACUUAAAAUGAUCUCUCGAGUUCUCAAUUAUUUGCUGUUAAUCUUAAAUGGUAUCUAGUCUAAAAAUUUAAUAAAUAGGUUCGAGUAAUUUUAGGAGGAAUUAUUUUGUUGCAAUUCUAAUUUAACUUAGAUCGAUAACUAUUCUCUCUGGUAACUCUAUCAAUAAUCUUUAUAGUAUUUGUUAGGAAGAAUCGAUACAAUUAAAAGGUUUGAUUGCAAAUUUCAAAAUAGAGUUCAACAUUGAUCCUCAAAUAAUAUAAUUAAAUUCGUAAGAGCAAGUUCUCAAAGCUGAUAAACGUUAUCAGGUUCAUUUCGUUUGCUCUGAAUUAUGGAAUUUCCUUAUGAAAUAUGUCAAAGGAGGUCUUUAUUAUGAUAAUUCUUUUAUAGGUCCAUGUAUACCACUAUAUACCAUUGGAAUACAAGAGAUUAGAAAAAGUAAUAUUCAUGACUUUACAUUUCUGUCGUAACACGAUAUUUAAGAAUUGCCAAAGGGUCUCGUAAUACCUGUAGACAUGACACAAAUGGAGUUUUUGAUUUAAAAUGAAAACGAUUCUUUUACUUAUAUAACUAAGGUUGUACCCUUAGCUUUUACAAUCGAAUAAGUUAUAAAUAAGAUACUUUCAUAACAAUUCAACAUAUCAAAUUAUUUAUGCUUUAACUAAACAAGCAAAAAGGUCAUAUUAAAUAAAACUUCGACUUUAAUCUAUGAAUUGGAAUUUAAAUCUCUAUGGUUUUUUAAACCUAAUAAGAGGGACAUUGAAUUUUCUGAAAAUUUAGAUGAAAUUACAAUGAUGUAGGAUUUCUAAAAUCAUAUACCUGGUUCAACAGAAUCAACAAUUGAAUCAAGGGAAAUCCAAUCAAUACUUGACAGUUCAAAAUCACAUGAAUUUGAAGAUGAUACAAAUCCAAACAAUAACAGCAAUUUGAGUAUAAUAUUUAAAUAUUUAGUGUUGAGAGAUAUAAAUGAAUUCAAAAAUGAAAUUGAAUCUAUUCUCUAAAAUCACAAAAACUACCCACUUAUAUUAUUAAAGGAGGAACAGGCUAUUGAGAAUAUAAAUCAAAUCAUUUUGUAGAUUGAGUAGGAAAACUGUUUCAAAAAAGAAUAAUAAGAAGAAGGUACUAAUGAUGAACUUAUUGAUUAUUAAGAUAUUUGA